CAGAAGAAGAGGAGGAGGGUGAGUGAGUAAGUGGAACUAGCCGAAGUGAUUCAAGCAUUUCUUUGAGACUCUGUGCAUCUCUGCAGAUUGCUGCCUGAGGAUCUAAGCACCAGACCAGGAAUCUUGCCAAGUGACCAUUCCACAGGGAUCAGCCAUCAUGAAAAUUGCUGUGCUUAUCUUAUGUCUUUUCACUGUUGCCUUUGCCUUACCAAUCAGCAAAUCAAGACAUCAUGAUGAUUCUAGGAGUGCAGAAAGAAAACAUGACUCCAGAGAAGAUGAAGCUUAUGCACACCACAGUCACCACCACAAUUCACACAGCCACGAACACAGUCAUGAGCAUAGAAACAGCCAAGAAUCACAAGAACAUGCAUCUUCUCAACUGAACUCUCAGUCUUUGGAAGAUCGUGAUGAGAUCACUGAGCAGCAGACCCUUUUGGCAUCUUCAAGCAAAAGUCAUGAAGAUGAUGAUGACCAUAGUGAUGCUUCCAAUGACGAUGAUCAUGUAGAUUCAGAUGAAUCAGAUGAGUCUCACGAAACCUUCACUGACUUUCCCACCGAUGCUCCUUUUACCCUACCUGUCUCUCCUGAUCCCUUCACAGGCAGAGGAGAUGUUGCACCUUAUGGAAUAAGGGCAAAACUUGACCGGAUGAGUUUGGGGAAGUCUGGCAAGGCACACAAAAAAUCUGGAAAGUUUGAUUCUCAAGAUUUUUCAGAUGAAGUUGACAGCACACCAGAUGAAGACAGCCAUGAAUAUUCUAAGGCACGUUCUUUGGAAAGCCAUGACACCAGUGUAGAAAGAGUUGACAAAAGUAACCUGAGGGACAGCAAUGAAGUCCACAGUGCAUCUCAUGAGAGAAGUCUGGAGGAUAACAGCCAAGAGAAACCUGAGAGUGUAGAGGACAGCCAUGACAACAGCAAAGUUACCAUUUCCCUAGAAAGCACUGAAAGCAGAGAAGAGAAAAAGGACCGCAGUGAGGAACUCCAACAGUUAGAGCCUGAUGUUGAUGAUGUCAGCAACCAAACUUUGGAAAGCACUGAGAGUCACCAUAGUGUUGAGGAUCACCACAGCGCUGAGGAUCACCACAGUGCUGAGGAUCACCACAGCGCUGAGGAUCACCACAGUGCUGAACAUCACGAUAGUGUUGAGGACAAUGAGGUCAUCCUCUAAAUGGCAGCAUAAGAUAGGCCAAUACUUAUCUGAGAGAACUCUCCAUAUUUUUUGCAUGUAUGGGCACAACUAAGAUCAAGGCCGAAAUCCAUCACAAGUGUUUUUAUUUUGCUGAGUUGCAAAAAGAGAGUAAGAAGGGCAAUGCAAUUUUUACUUGAAUGUUUGCUCCCAAUUAUAUACACAUAAUUUGGAUUUCAAGCUGUAGCAAUUAUAACUAGCAGCAAUUGUAAACAUGCUGUCUGAUCCUGUUCAUGCUUAUUUGGAAGUAGGUCUGACAGAUCUUCAGUAGAACUUCCUCCAAAUAAACUUGCUUAGGAUUUCAGUGUUAAAUGAACAAUACUAGUAGUCAUGACUAUUAGAGAAUAUUAAGCCAUUCUUGGUGCAUAAUUCCUGCUCUGUCUUACAGUAGUACGCUAUGAAGAAGAGAGAGAAAAUAAUGCUUGGGGGAAAAUCUAGUUUCACAUCCCCAGUACCUGUUGUGUAUCUUACAAUACUGUACUUCUGAAAUGUUUAAUAUUGCAAUGUAUAUUUUGUUGACAGUUGUGAGUUAAAUAAAGUGACAAAACUUUA